CGGCGAAUGAAUACCCAGACAGAAAUCGAGACAGACAGACAGACAGACACGCCUGACCUCCCCGCACCAGCAGCACAAAACACCCAGGAUCAAAAAGCAUUGAGUGGCCGUCCCCCCUCCCUGUGUAAGGAUCAUAUGCAGCCGUGACCACACCGGUGCGUGGUCCACGCCACGUUCCUCUUGUAGAUGGUCAGCCAGGCAGUCGAUACACGCACCACACCACACCACACCACACCACACCGUGGCACGGCACGGCACGGCACGGCACGGCAAAAAUGCGGCUCAUCCCAUCCCUCCCCACUUGACACACACGUAAGCACAUCCAUGCACACGGGCAGCCAGACAGACAGGGAAGCACCGGUCAGUCCACAGACACUCACUGACCGCAUUCAGCACAUGUAUGUGUGUAUGUAAGUGUGCACGGGCGAUAGUCACAUAUCACAACACAAAAUGUCAGUCAAUCCAUCCGGCCCCUCAGAUCGAUCGACCCAUCAGCCAGCCAGCCAGCCACUCAACCCAACACACACCGGCACACCACACGAAGAAAAGCGCUUGAAAGAAGCGAUAAGAUAAACGGGCGGACAGCCGUCCAGCCAGCCUUUCGUCAGCACACACUGUCACUCUUGUGAUAUGGCACACCACUCACGGAUUCACUCACCGAUCACCAUUAUCCCCUCCAUACCAUCUUCCGCGUGACUCUCCUCUGUCUUCCCCCUUCCUGCUUGGUCCGCCACCACCUGCUUCGUCCCGCAAUCCCCUCCCUCGCAGUCGUCGCUGCUUGAUUGAUGGGUUGGGCUGUGUGAGAACAGGCAGUGUGUUGGUGACCUGAGCGUCGUAGUCUUCUGACAACUUGCUGACGGCCUCUUUCUGCUCGUCAGACAUGGCAUCGAGAUUCGGGCUGACACACACCAAAACACAGACACACAUCACAUCCACAGUGCACAGCUCCUGCCUGCCUGCCUGCCUGUCUCCCUGCCUGCCGUCCUCACCCAUCUGUCGGUUUGUUCUCCGGCUCAUCCUCUGCCUCAUCGUCGAGGGCUAAGGGGUCGAGGGCAUCUUGGUGCACCUCAGCCACAGACUCACCAGGCAGAUCACCGCCCUCACACACAACUGCACACACACACGUGCACGGUCAGCAUCAAGUGAGCACGUGCCGUCUCCGUGUUGUCUGGGCCCUGCAGCUCACCAGUGUCGAGGCUGAGCAGGCAGACCAGGGCCGCGAGCCCAACCAGCAGCCAGUGGCGUGCCAUUAGACAGGAGGACGGCGUUGAGUCACGUGGAGCCGGGGGCAGUACACAGGCUGACGCUCCGCGCACACUCCGCGUUUUUCCUGGGCUAUGGC